AGCAUCACUGGAUAUCGGUUUUCUACAAUUGGUAUUCCCAGUGAAGGCUUAUUGGAGGUCAAUAUCCCUGGUUUUUGUGACUGGGGCCCAGUGCGGUACAUUUCCAGAUAUAACUGGCGUGAUCCACUCGAUGAAAUGAUAUGUCAACAUUUUGGAUAUACGAAUGAGUCCGUUAUUCAACCAAAGUCUAACUCUUCAUAUCCCGAUGCGUGUAUGCAUAUCAACCGGUGUUCAACUAACAAUAUGACAACGAUCGAUGACAUACCAAAACAAUGUGAUGUUUUCUACGGAUCAGACUAUUCGGACUAUGACAACCUGUACAAAGAAAUCAACUGCAUCCCGGCCCAGUUAGCUGAUGGUGCGUCUAAGCUUCAAGGUCGAGUCGAGGCAGGUCUGUUUGGACAGCUGAACUCAAUCUGCUCACUUGGAUUUGACAGCCGGGCUGCCAACGUCCUAUGUGCUUCACUUGGAUACAAACGUGGUUCAACACAGCUGUGGACAAACUCGUAUUUUGGCGCCGGGUCACUAUCGAUAUACAAGCGAAAUAUCACAUGUUCGGGGGAUGAAAUCUCAUUGAAAUUGUGCAGCCAUUCUGACAUGGAGAUUCCCGGAUGUGACAACAGAAACGUGGUCGGGGUGGAAUGCGAAGGGGACAUUAUCAAGAUUGAGCCACUGUUUACAUCCCGUCCAUAUGAAGGUAUAGUAGACGGGUAUCACGGGGACCUUCGAUACGAUAUCGUCGGCAACGUUUCAAGUACCACUGCUAAAACAUUGUGCACAAUGCUUGGUUAUGGCCGCGUGGGAUUUUCUGGACUCCCUAUACCUGGCAGAACUUUAGAUUACUUCAAGCAGUAUGUUAUCUGCUCCGGAACGGAGAGCUCAAUCAGUGAAUGCGUGGGUGAAAUUGAGUACUGCGUCGAACGAAAUUACUACCAUUGCGAGCAGCGGACACAAUGGUUAAAGCGUGUCAUUAUAUUUUGCUCAGAUUACAAGAUACAAGGACUUAGACUGGGAUCUGAUGGCAAACUCUUAAUGGAAAUAAACGGUCGCCAGUGGGGGUCGUGUAUAGACUAUUUCACAACACAGACUGCACAAUCAGCUUGUAUAAUUAUGGGAUACAGUGGUAAUGCCACAUUCUCUGGACAGACAGGUGGCACAAAUGAUGUGGAAAUCAUGGGGUCACUAGUGUGCAGUGCAAAUGCCAUUAUUGUCUAGAACUGCGAACUAAAGCACCUGUUCAGUUACCGACCUUACAGCUUAGACUAUGCGUGCACCCAAUACGUGCUACUCACGUGUGGAAACUCGAACACCGGCCAAUAAAAAUGUAUGCAUAUGCAAAAAUAGGCAGCCAUGAAAAAUUUGCUUUGUUAAUUUUCUUUUUGACAAUUUCGCUCAUCGCUAUAUAAUUUUGUCAACCCAAUUCAAUAAACAACAGCAAAAGGGCGAAAAUGUAGUCUAUUUCAGGUCGAUAGUAUUGCUUAUGUCCACUAUGUCAUUUUGCCGUGUAAGGUUUAAAUAACGCCACAAACAACAAACUAUGAACAAACAUAUCAUAAACGUCGAUUUGCAGCGUAUGGUUGUCGAUUUGUCGGGCUGUCCCCCUUCAAAACAAACCAACAUACCAGAACGAUAUGGAAAAUAAUCAGCCAACAUAUACCAUAGGCGUAACCAACCAAGUGUGUGUUUGCUCGACUAUAUGCACGUUAAGAUGUAUUAUUUCCUAAUAUCAGUAUAGGUAUACGGACACGGUAAAAUAGACACAAUAAUGAAGAAAUAACGAUAUUUAAUCGGUACAAUCAUGUAAAUGCUCUUUAUUAUUGUCGUAUACCAUUGACUACUUUAAUAAGAAGUAUUUGUGCAUGCUGUGUAUGUUAUGCGUUUAGUCGUUUAUUUAGUAGCGCCUAUUACAUUUAAUUGACAGCAAUUUAAAAAAAAAACAUUUGACACAGAAAUAAAUUUAAAAAAAAGUGCUUAAUACUUAUUAGCCACGCUCCACAAGAACACUUUACAUAAGAACAAAAACAUGAAAUGGCUUUUGUUAUAAGUAUCUAUCUCAUUUUCAUACAUUGUUUUGUUCCUAGCUCAUAAAUGUUAUUUUAAUUAGAUAAAGGGAAAUUUUCAGACCAGACUAUUUAAUUUUAACAUUCAAGGCUGCCAUGUCAUUGUUCUUUUUAUAGUACAAUGGUAUUACGCGUGCGCUCUUUAGAGGAAUUUUCAACGUUGUGACAUCAUGGUACUGACAUUUCCGAACGUGACGUGGAUUCCUUGACAUUGAAUUCUUACAUGUAGCUUGUGUGCGACGCAUUCCUUUUUUAGAAUAAAAUAAAGCUGUGUCCUAUGUACUGAAGUUAAAUAUCUUACAACUGAUAUUUUUGUAAUCUGUAUAUAUCCGGAAUAAAACCUUGUAUAUGAGUGUUAUUGUUUAUGAAUCUUACAAGACGCUGUCUAAAACAUUUAGUUUUUUUUAUGUUCUAUAUGACUUUAUGUGUGGGUAUUUCGCUUCGAUCAGGUACGGUAUACUGAUUGAAAUUAAUACUUUGCAUUAAUGCCAACACGAAUACUUGAUAAAUGAAAUUCAAUACUGUUUUGAAAAAAAACCGUUACGUUGUUGAAGGCACUUGUUAGGGCUGAAUGUGUGAUUACAUUUUACAAUAAUAUUAACCGUCAUGUAAACAGCCAUAAACCUGAAAAAUAAAUUCAAAUGCGCAGUUAACGGAUAUUUUAGA